CAAAAGAUGAUGGGCCAUAGCAGCAUGGCGCUGGUACAUUGAUAAAACAAAAGCCAUAUAAUCUCGGUACCAACUUCUUUGUGGUUUGAAGUUGACAUAUUUGGUAUGCGGAGUUUUAUUAAUUUAUUUAGAAUUGUUAAAAAUAAUGUGAUAAUACAGAUUUUCAAAUCUGAUGAUGUGAAAGCAAUGGUUUUGAAAGCCAAAACUAUAUUUACAAUGCACUCCAAGUGAAAUAUAUUAAUGCACACUAUUUAUUUGUGGAAAUAAAGGAUACAAUACAAUACUACCAGACUGCUUAUUUGAAAGGCACACCAACUGGACUUGUUAAUGUAUAUUACUUUAUGAUUUAUUAAACAGAUUAGUUCAAGAUUAGUCCAGAGUUCAGGGGUCUCGUGUUUGUAUUAGUUAGUAUACACACAUAUUGAUGUAUACAUAUCACACGAUGUGUUUGAUAUAUCAGUAGUCUUGUUGUCUUGAGAGACAGCUUUUAUUGGCCAGAUACUAAAAGAUGUGCACUUUGAACUGAACUUUAUGCUGCUACUUUAGAGUAUUAGACCUGGGUUCAAAAAGUAACACCAGCUCUAUAUAGAGUAUUCCUUAGCUAUAACUGCUCUGAGGAUGGGAGCAUUAGGCUGCCUGUUUAACUUUGCUCUGUGGGCAGGGGGAUUAGGAGGAUCAGUUGGUUUGUUGUUAUACCUCAUCAUAAAGUACAAAGCACCAUGGAUUGCACUGGAUUUAAAGUACCUCGCAAAACUAGGGAAAACAAAGAAGAAACUUAUGGGAUAUGCCGCGAAACAUUGGACAAUGGUGGAUAUAUUUGAGCAAAGGACGAGGAUGUAUCCGAACAAAACAUUCCUGAUUUUCGGAGAUGAGAAGUAUACAUACAGUGAGAUGAACGAUAUGGCCAACAAAGCAGGCCAUGCAGCUCUUGAGUGUGGGUUAAGACGUGGUGAUAUUGCAGCUGUCAUGAUUUACAAUGAACCGAUGUUCUUGGCAACUUACUUGGGUUUGAUGAAGAUAGGUGUUCAAACUGCAUUUCUCAACUUCAACCUGAGGCACAAGUCCCUCCAGCAUUGUUAUGCAGUCAGUAAUGCCAAGGUUCUCAUUGUGGGAAAAGGAGAUGAGCUCCUCCAUGCUAUCCAAGAGAUUGACUCUGAUAUCCGCAGUGACGACAUGAAGAUCUAUGUCCAAGGCCAUGGUGAUAAGACUUUAGAGAAGGGCUACCUUUCAUUUGAUGACCUCUACAAAAAGGCGCCUACAAAUAACAUUAAUGCAAAGAUCAGGGCAAACAUAGAAAUGCAAGACCCAGCUUGUUAUAUCUAUACAUCUGGCACAACAGGUCUUCCGAAGGCUGCUGUGGUGACACAUUCCAAGGUUUUCAAGGGGGGUAAUCUAAUCGAGCUGUGUGGUAUGAAACAUGAUGAUGUUUUAUACACGGGACUCCCUCUGUACCAUUCUGCUGCUGCUCUAAUAGGAGUUGGCAAUGUUGUUGAGCAAGGGGCCACACUGGUUUUGAGUCCCAAGUUCUCAGCCAGUAAGUUCUGGGAUGACUGUAGGAAACACAAAGUGACUGUAAUACAGUACAUUGGGGAAAUAUGUCGAUACCUGCUGGCUCAACCCAAGCGCAGCAAUGAUGGGAACAAUGAGGUUAGGAUAGCGUUUGGUAAUGGUCUACGUCCUGAUGUUUGGAAGGACUUCCAGCAGAGGUUCAAUAUCAAGGUUAUAGGAGAGUUCUAUGCUGCCACUGAGGGCAAUGGAGGCUUCAUUAACACAUUCAAUAAGUUUGCAGCUGUGGGAAGGUCCUCCCCUUUCACUGGUCUCCUAUUCCCAACUGACUUCAUAAAAUACAGCGUAGAGCAAGAUGAACCAGUGAGGGAUGAAAAUGGUUUUUGUAUAAGAUGUAAAGCAGGAGAGACUGGCCUAAUGAUAUGCAAGAUCAAGAGAGACACGGAGUAUGAUGGCUAUAUGGGCAAACCAGAACUUACAGAGAAAAAGAUCAUAACUGAUGUUUUCAAAAAAGGAGACAAGUACUUUAACUCAGGUGAUUUGAUGAGCAGAGAUGAGGAAUAUUUUGUGUACUUCAAAGAUAGAAUAGGAGAUACAUUUAGAUGGAAAGGAGAGAAUGUAUCUACAAUAGAGGUCUCCAAUGUAAUCAGUGACCUUGAUUGUGUUGAAGAUGCUAAUGUAUAUGGUGUAGAAGUUCCAGGUCACGAUGGCAGAGCAGGGAUGGCCGCUAUCACAAUGAAGGACAAUAACCUCCCCAGUGAAGAGCAGCUUAAGAUUAUUUAUGCAGCUUGUGAGGACCUACUUCCUGUCUAUGCUCGUCCCAGGUUCCUACGAAGCAUCAAGGAAAUGAUCAUAACAGCGACAUUUAAACAGAAAAAGGUGGAUUUAGUAGAACAUGGCUUUGAUCCCAGUGGAAUAGAGGAUCCCCUUUACUUCAUGGAUACAACCAAGGCUACCUAUGUACCUAUGGACCAAGAACUCUAUAAGAGAAUUGUGCAAGGAGAAUUCAGAGUAUAACAUAGGAAAACUUUAUGUGAAACCGGGAUGUGACUGAAUAUUGAGUAAUGAAAUUCCAAAUGAAAGAAAACUUUGAGAAUGUAUGAAACCUCCUUAUGACAGAGCAAGGGA